GUGUUAUUUGUUAUUAUUUAUUAGUGGACACACACUAGGUUAACAGUACUUUAUCUCCAGGAUCCUUUUUAAGGAGCCAUGGAUUAUCUUACUGGACAGACUUUUCUAAAACUUGCCUUUCUCAUCUUUACAGUGUUCAGGAGCAGCUGUUCUCUGUUGGAAAGAGCAGUCGAACAUCUUCCAGUGCAUCCAUAUCCUCAUCAAUCCAGUCCAAAAGAAGACAGUGAAUUUUCCUUCUGUGAUUUUGAAUCUCCAUGUUCUUGGACCUUAUCCAGUCACAGCACUGGAGGGGACUGGUAUGUCACGUCACCACAGCAACACAGAUCCAAUAUACGGGGUGUCUUACCAAUCAAAGAUCAUUCCGCUGGAAAAUCUGAAGGUCAUUUUCUGUUACUAAAUACCAGCUCAACUCAGUUGUCCUCUGGGAGAUGUAGUUUCCACAUGACCAGUCCUGUAGAACUCCACAGUGGGCCACUCUGUCAUUUGCGCCUCGCUCGCUUCCAGCCAGAACCACACACAGGAAACUUAUCUGCCUUUGUGAAAACGACUGAUUCCUCAGUCAUCAAGCCAUUAGCUCUUACAAUCAAGGAACAUAGGGUUGGCAGAUCACAGUGGGAGGUGCUUGAGGCUCUGAUUGGUAAGUUAGACGAGCCCUUCCAGGUGUCUGUGCAGUACUCUUCCUGUAGCAGCCAUGAUGUCGGAUUUCUCGCAUUUGAUUCGCUGGAGCUGAAGGACUGUGUCAUGGGUUAUGAGGAUUUCGAUUUGGAUGUUGUUUCAGAAUGUGAAAAAUUAUCAUCAUUUCACUGUGAUUUUGGAGGCUGUAUAGAGAAGAGACGAGUGUGUGAUUUGCAUACUGACUGCCCACUAGGGGAGGAUGAAGGAUUCAUAUGCGAUGCUUUACCCUUGGGUUCGCACUGUUCAUUUGAGUCGGGCUCCUGUGGAUGGUCGGUUUCAAAUACACAAUCCUCUUGGAGGCUAGUUAGUGGAGAACAUCUAGCUGAAAGCACGGAUCUUCAGGGCACAACUCUGCAAAAUACUCAAGGGCACUUCCUUUUCUUAAAGCUUAGAGGUCAUGGUGAUGAAAAUGAGACAUUGGUUCAAAGCCCAGCUCUCCCUUCAACUUUAUCUAAUCAAGAAUGUCAGUUGCACUUUUCCAUUUACCUCUAUGGCAACUUCAAUGGUACAGUUCUACUGUCAGUGGUAGAGAAUGGAUCUGCUACACCUCAACUUGUGUGGGAGAGAUCUGGACACUGGAAAGAUAACUGGCAAGAUGUCACUCUACAGAUUACAGAUAUUUUAAAUGGUUUCCAUGUUAAAGUGCAGGCUUUGUUGGGUUCUGGUUCUAAGGCUGACAUUGCACUGGAUGACAUUUCGUUAAGUGCAGCGUGUUUUUACCCAGAUCUAAAUGAAUUGCUUCUUGGACAAAGACCUCAUGAUUUGGACUUCAUCAGUGAUUUGGAUUACUUUAGCCCUCUACCAGAGCCCUCAGCAUCAGAGGUGUCCCUAAUGACAUGGUGGUUUACUUCCUGUGGAGCCAGUGGACCUCUUGGCCCUACUCAAGCCCAGUGUGACAGUGCUUACCGCAAUACCAACCUCAGUGUGGUGGUGGGGAAGGAGGACCCUCUCAAGGGGGUUCAGAUGUGGAGGGUCCCAGCUACCAACAUGUACAAGAUUUCUGCCUAUGGAGCCGCAGGAGGCAAAGGAGCAAAGAACCAUAACAAGCGCUCACAUGGCGUCAUCAUUUCGGCUAUCUUCCCACUGGAGAAAGGGGAUAUACUCUACAUCCUAAUUGGUCACCAAGGGGAAGACGCCUGUCCAGGGAGGAACCCCCUGACCCGUAACAUCUGUCUGGGCGAGUCUUCUGUUAUUGAAGAUGGUUUUGACAGCGAUGGUUCAACUUUGGAGUGGGCAGGGGGUGGAGGUGGCGGUGGGGGAGCCACUCACAUCUAUCGGAUGGAGAAUGGGGAACCAGUUCCUUUGCUGAUUGCAGCUGGAGGGGGAGGGAAGGCCUACCUGGAGGACCCUGAAAGCAGCCUGGACCAAAUUUUCCUGGAACAGUAUGAGAAUGACACUGCGGCCUCUGGUGUCAAUGGCAAAUCGGGAGCAGCAGGAGGCGGAGGUGGAUGGAGCGACUCAUCCUAUCUCCCUUGGGCAGGGAAAUCUCUGGUUGAAGGAGGGCAGGGAGGCUCAUCCUGUCCUCAAGCUCUGUCUAAGCUCGGAUGGGCUACAUUUGGGGGGUUUGGAGGGGGAGGGGGUGCUUGCACUGCCGGAGGGGGUGGUGGAGGAUACAGAGGUGGUGAUGCACCCCUUUUUGAUGGGAUCACAGCAGAUGGACAAGAUGGAAUCUCUUUUGUCCACCCAAUGGGAAAGAUAUUUUUACAACCACUGGCAGCCAUGGAGAGUCACGGGGAAGCUGAGAUCAAGGUAUUUCUGAAUUGCAGCCACUGUCAGACCCAGAGCUGUAAGCGAGAUGAAGAUACCAGACUCAUCUUCUGCUUGUGUGACAACAAUGAGGUGCUUGCACCAGACAAUGUCACCUGCACAGUUGUUUCUCUGGGCUCCCUGGCAGAUGGGCCCCCAUCCCUUAUUUUUAUCCUGGCAGUGAUUGCGUCCACGGUAAUAACAGGUGUCGUUCUGAUCUGCGCCAGCCUCACUCUCAUAUAUUAUCGUAAGAAGAACCACUUGAAUGCGGUCAGGAUUCGUCUGCAGAGCCCAGAGUACAAGCUUAGCAAAAUCCGUUCCUCCACCAUAAUGACUGACUAUAACCCCAACUACUGCUUUGCCGGGAAGGCGGCCUCGCUAAGUGAGCUUAAGGAGGUGCCACGUAAGAACAUCACACUUCUCAGGGCUUUGGGGCAUGGUGCCUUUGGGGAAGUGUAUGAAGGACAGGUUUUGGGUAUGAAUGGAGACAACACAGCCAUGCAGGUCGCUAUAAAGACUCUUCCAGAAAUCUGUUCAGAACAGGAUGAGAUGGAUUUCCUUAUGGAGGCCUUGAUUAUGAGUAAGUUCAGCCAUCAGAACAUUGUGCGCUGUAUUGGAGUCAGUCUGCAGAUCCUGCCUCGCUUCAUCUUGCUUGAGCUCAUGACGGGAGGAGACUUAAAGAGCUUCUUGAGACUAAACCGCCCCAGAACUAACAAGUCCUCCUCUCUGACUAUGCUGGAGCUGUUGCAUAUGGCCAGAGAUAUUGCACUUGGCUGUCGCUACCUAGAAGAGAACCAGUUCAUCCACAGGGACAUUGCAGCACGCAACUGCCUUUUGACCUGUCCAGGUCCAGAUAGAGUGGCUAAAAUUGGAGAUUUUGGGAUGGCCCGUGACAUUUAUAGGGCAAGUUACUAUAGGAAGGGUGGUCGUGCCAUGUUGCCAGUGAAGUGGAUGCCACCUGAAGCCUUCUUAGAGGGUAUUUUUACAUGCAAGACUGACACAUGGUCUUUUGGGGUGCUGCUGUGGGAGAUAUUCUCACUUGGAUACAUGCCUUAUCCCUGCAAGACCAAUCAGGAAGUAUUGGAAUUUGUAACCGGCGGAGGUCGGAUGGACCCUCCUAAAAGCUGCCCAGGGCCUGUUUAUCGGAUCAUGACACAGUGUUGGCAACACUGUCCAAAUCACCGACCAAACUUCACUACCAUUUUAGAACGUAUCAACUACUGUACACAGGACCCUGAUGUCAUCAACACCCCCCUUCCAGUGGAGUAUGGUCCCUCUAUGGAAGAAAGUGGCAUUGUUAUCCGUCCAGAAGGAUCUGGCAGUUUGACACCUCUUCUUGUGGCCCACUCUAUGUCACAGGAUCCAAAUCCACAGGCCCAAAAACCCCAUUUGCAGCAGCAAAGACCAGUCCAGCUUGCACAGGAGGUGGGCACGUACCGUGAAACAUUGGAAUCAUGUUGGGCUGAGUCGGUUCCAGCUCCAGGGGUUCGUCCUGGGCAAUGGCUUCAAGUCCCAGACCAUCGACCAUGCUCUAGAACCAGCUCGUUGUCAGGCAGCCAGAAGCUCAAGAACAAGACAAAAAAUCUUUGGAACCCCACCUACGGUUCCUGGGUUCUAGAGAGCUUUGGACGGGGAAAAUCAGCCCUGUGCCAUACCCAAUCCGUGCCGCUGUCUUAUAAUUCCACUCCCCUGUCUGCGUCGGCUUCUACCUCAGAGCGCAUUGACCCUGUAGUAGUAGCUGCAAGUGCAACUGUUUCAACAUCCACAUCCCCACCUCCAACUAUAACAUCCUCCCAGACCACUGGCAGUCCCACUGGGCCUCUAAGUCAUGUUUCUCAGAAGGAUGCAACAACAGGCGCUACAGGGGGCUCGCUCGCUGCGGUUAUGGAUUUGGCGAAACUUCAGAGCUUCCCAUGUGGUAACGUAAACUAUGCUUACGACGAGCAGAGCUAUGAGACCGAGAGCUUGCCUGUGGUUGUGGCCAAGUCUGUGGAGCCCUGCACCAGCACUGCAGCAACUUCUUCACUGGUUGCUCUUGGUCUGGCUACAACUAUUACUCACAAACCUCUGGUCAAGCGCCAUGCUAGCUAUGGACAUGAGGAUGUUAGGAGGUACAUCCAGCCUGAGAAACCUACAAGGGACAGGGAUUCUGGCUUUUCGCUGUCAGAAGACCUUAGUAUCACCCCUGUGUAGCAUUCCAGAAAAAUCUAAGAGGCACUUAGAUAGUAGUACAGUAUAUAGGAAAAUACCCGGCAUCUCAUUUUGUUUGGCUCCAAACAUUGAUUUUGGUGUUAAUUUAUUUUUGGCACUAAGGUAUUUUAUUACGCUUUGACACUUACAGUGUAUGCUAGAGGCAGAAUGUCAGGUUAGUUACUGCCGGCAGACUACUACAGUAUAAGACUAUAACUAUAAAAGAGAGAAUACAUAAUUAUUUUGUGGUUCAAAAACACCAAAGACAUGGAGAGUUGGAGUUGUAACUGGCAGCUCUCUUCUAAAUGGCUGAUGGUUUCUAUUGAAACUUCCUGUUGGCUAAUAGCAGCCCUUGAACACUUAAUUCACUGGAUUCUCAUCUACUGUUAACACUGUGAAAACAUAUUAUGUUCACUUUAAGGACUACAUGGAAGAAGUCAUAAACAGCUUUGAAUAUACAGUAUAUAU